GCGGAGAGUUGGACGGGGGGUCCUUUUGUUUCCUUUUCCAGGGAUCAAGAAAAACGCUCAGCGCGUGCCUCGCAGUCACGUGGCUCAAACCGGGCGCCUUACUUGCCCACAUUUACAUUCUCGCCCGCUUCUGCUCAACGUACCGGUCUCCAUGCGCGCCGUCCUGUCGCUGGUGACGGCGGUCGCCGCGACCUCCGAGUUGCCGCGCAUCAACCUCAAUGCGAAGUCCAUGCUCGAGGGCAAGUGGUGGGCGCAGGUGGGGGACCACGUGGUGCACACCCCACACGCCAAAACCGGGCUGAGCUCCAACGUCGGGGAUUACUACUACGCAUAUGGCUCCCACGCGGCGCUGAGCCAGGAGCUCCAGGAGAAGCGGGUGGCCGGCGCCGGGCGGGUGCACAUCUUCCACCUGCCCGAGGGCAAGGACGCGCUGUCCACCGCCCUGCCGAAGGUGUCCCACCGCCGGGACUCCGUGAGCGCUUUAGUGCAGCUGAGUCACAAGGUGGUUCUGUCAGAUGCCAAAUUGUUUCCGGACUUCAACUUGCCGGAGGACUACGCAUCCGGCCUUAGUGCGAGCGGGCAGCAGAAGGAGAAGCAGGUGACAGACUCCAUCACCUCCAGCGCUUUGAUGCAGAAGCUCAAGGAGCUUACGGAGCUGGGAGAUGGCAGCACACACACUAGGAGUUACUCCAACCCAAAGGCAACUGCCAAUGCAGUGAGCUUUUUGGAGAAGGAGUUUCAGGAGAUGGGCUACCGCACCUGCCGCCAGACCUUCGGGGACCAGGCGGAUGUGGUGGCCUUUCUGCCGGGCAGUGACGCCGACAGUGGCAGCGUCACCGUCGGAGCGCACUACGACUCCAGACCCUUUGAGGGCCUGGCGCCUGGCGCGGUGGACAACGGCAGUGGAGCCACCGCUGUCUUGGAAAUUGCCAAGGCCUUUGCUGCCGCCGGCGUGAGGCCCAAGAAGACCAUCAUGUUCGUUUGCUUCGCGGCGGAAGAGCCGGGCUUGCUGGGCUCCGCGGAGUUUGCCAAGCGGCUGAGCUCCGCAGCUGCAUCGAGCUUUGUGCAGGAUGGCAUGAAUGCCUCUUCCCAGCUGGUGUCAAGGAUGUGUGGCAGCGAUUCGGGGUCCCUCGCCUUCAUGCAGGCGCAGUCCUCGGCUGCCACGAUGAGGCGCCGGUCCAGGCACGAGAAGCACGAGGCGCUGGUGAUGGACGAGGUCGCCUGGAAGAGCCCCAACAUCGACGACUCCCUGGGCGCGGUGGUGAACCUGGAGUCCUACGACUGGGCCACGGAGCCUUUGAAGCACCUGGCCGGCGCCUCCCGCGCAGCCAACGGGGAGAGGCUGAAGGUGACGCACAGCAGCAACCCCUUCGGCUCCGACCACAUGAGCUUUCUGGAGAAGGGCAUGCAGAGUGUCCUGUCCAUCCAUGGGGAUGAUGAGAAUUAUCCCCACUACCACCAGUCCUCGGACGCCAUGGACCAGGUGAACUCAGAGCUCUACACCAUGAUCGCCAAGAUGAACGCAGGAGCAGCCAUCCGCUUGGCGGGGCACGCAUGAGCGAGCGUAGCCAGAAUAUCUUCGUCUCACCAUUGUGAAACGCGAGCGCGGAGGCUUCCCAGUUUCUGCCGCUCGAACCAGUCAAAGGGUCAAGAAAGUUGCA